AUGGAAGGUGACGACAAUAGUUUUCGCGUAGAGUUGUUGGAAUGUGCAAAACUUUUGAACUUGCCAAACGAUGAUUAUACGCGAGAACUAAUUGCACAAAUCCAGCUAGAUUACCUUUAUGUACCACAAGAUGAAAAGGAAUCUAUCUUACUUUUAGUUUCUGAAAGUGAACAAUCUAUAAAACAUCAAUUAUUGGGAAAAUGGUGCUUAAAUGAUUUGGAUGCAACCAUUUUCUUUACAGAGGUGUUAGACGACCUCAGGAUUCAGGAUCUAAAUCUAUGUUGUGACAUCUAUGAAGAUGUAGCUACUCGCGAGUCUCAUUUUAUGGAAGAGCCGAUACUUCCUAGUAGCAUACAAAAGAAUAAUGAAUCAAAUCUGUAUCCAAUACCGACUUUAAACCAAUUGUCCAACAAACUACCGAUUACGGAUGUCUCUUCUGAACCUUUCACAGAAAACGAGAUGCAGCGAUUUACAUUGGAUGAUUUAUGUUUAUCACAUCAUGAAGUGGUAGAUGAUAUUACAAAUAUUAUGUCAUUCUUAAAGGAAAAUGACGUUCGCAACUAUAAUGAUUUUAUUAUUUCGGUCAAAGAAUUAAAAUUUGAGAAUCAUUACAUUGAAGAACCUUUAAUUUCGAUAAAAGCUAAUAAAAGCGUACAAGAUCUGCCAACUAAAAUUAUUGAAGUUGUUCCCCUGAUUAUAAAUGAUAUUGAUGUGAACAUUAAGAAUGAUCAAUUAGUUCCUGAGGAAACUGGUGUAAAAGCACCUUUAGAGAUGUUAAAUAAAUGGGAAAGAAUUGAUGAAUCAACCCUUGAUAUUGAGAAAAUUCCAGAUUAUGGUUGUGUAGAAUUUGAUGUUCCAAUUGAUCUAUUUUUGCCUUCCCGCGAGACCCUUCAAUUAGGCUUAAAUUUAUUUUGUAUCUCACCGUUAAUAAACGAAGAGCCCGCAAUGAUACCUGUAAAAUAUGAUCCUUUGGAGAUAGAUCGUAGAAAACGGCGUAAAACCGAUUUCGGAUCAGAGACUGAAGAUGCGAAUGACAAAGACGUGACAAUAACGGAAUCUUUAGCACAAACAAUCAAAUCUGUGGUAUCUGAAGAUGAUGAUACCUUAAUGCAUCAGAAAUUAGAUGAUCAGACAGCGCUUCAGUCAGAUCUUGAGAAGAUGCUAAAAGUUGAAAACCCUGAUGAAAAUUGGAAAUCUGUCAUUAUGCGGCAAUCAAUGGACGAACUAGAAGGAUUAAAAUUCAAGGUUCCGCAAUUACCACAUCCUGUUUCACAAAUCACUAGAGGAAGUGCAAAUGAUGAUGAUGGCGCUUCAUUCCCUUUAAUACCAACUAAAAUUUCUGACUUAAUUGCGCGUCCAAAUUCAUUGCAUUCUGAUUUUCAAAUAUUGACAUCAUUUAGUGGAAUGAAAGCUUUAGAGUUUGAGUUGCAUUGGAAUCCAAUUAAAAAAAAUACCUCUCAAAUAGAAUUUGAACAAAUCGUCAACAUGAAGCUUUCAUCUCAGGAAAUGUCAGACACUCUUAAUGAUCUAUGUAGCUGUGCUAUCAGUGAUGAUAUUUUGGAUACGGUAGAUGUGCAAUUUUUUGAUAUUCAUGAUUCACAUUUGAUAACAAGGAAAAAAGGAAAGCAUGAAAGUGGUCACAAGUCAAAAAGAUUAGAACUCGAAGAAGAAGCUUCUUCUUUGAUAGCACCAAGGUGUAUCAAUAACAACAAUUUUAUGACAGAUUCUUGCAAAGAGACGCUUGCAAAAAACAUUCCACAUCAAUCCCACCUUAAAUCUAAUCAUAAAAAAAAAGAGGUUCCUGUCGGCAAUUCCGCUGAUAUCCGCGAUUUACUGCAGACUGACAUUAUACCGUCAAAAAUGAAAAUUUCCCCCGACAUACCCGGUUUAUCUAGCGCAGAUAGAGUCAUAAAAUGGCUUUCCAGCUAUGAUGAAUCGAUUUCGGUAAAUAAGGAUAACGAUGUCCACACAAAUAAUGUAGAUUUAUCUGAAUUUUCUCCUAAUGAUGGUGAAGUCCCAGUUGAGAAUUCUUCAUCGUAUUCUAAUGAACAGCACAACUUUAGUACCUUUCGAAAUACAUCCUCCAUAUGUAAUGAUGUUUCGUCAAAAACAUUGUUUGAUUUUAAGAAUGUACAAGAUUCUUUUACCAAACCAAAUGAUUUCAAAUCUGGUACUUUUUCGGCAAAAAAGUCAAUAGAUGAUUUUUUGAUUCUGCGAGGAAAAAUUACACAGAAUGAACGUCGAGAUAUUGAAUUAAAAAAAAGAUUCCAUUUCGUAAUCAAAAAUGGAGAAGAAUCAAAACAAGUAGUUCCCAGUAUCAAACCAUCAAACGAUAACGACAGACAUACUCGUUAUCCAUACCUAGUCCCUUCGGGGUCACAGCUUACUGACAGUGACAAAAAUGUGCAAAUUCCGAUAAUUUACUCUCAU